AUGAUGUUUCUAAAAAGAAAAGUAUUUUUAAACUCAUUUAACCAGUUAAAACUGAGAUACUAUUCCUUAUCAAUAGAAAUAGAAGGAAAAAUGAAAACGAAGUGCGGAAAAACGGUAUAUAACAGAGUGUACCUGGAUAAUCAAGCAACAACAUGUAUAGACCCAAGAGUGUUGGACAGUAUGAUGCCGUACCUGACACACGCAUUCGGAAACCCGCACUCAAGAACACACUCCUACGGCUGGGAAGCAGAAAACGCAGUGGAAGAAGCAAGAACGAGUGUAGCGUCGCUGCUCAAUUGUGAAAAGAAAAACAUCAUUUUCACAUCAGGAGCAACAGAAAGUAAUAACCUGGCAAUAAAAGGGUCAAAGUCGUUCUACGGGAACCUGGAUGAGUCAUCAGGAAGAUCGAAAAAGAAUCACAUCAUAACUACACAAAUAGAGCACAAGUGUGUGCUGCAGUGCUGCAGGCAGCUUGAGAACGAAGGAUACUCAGUGACAUACCUGAAGCCAGACAAGAACGGAAUAAUAUCUCCAGAAGAAGUGAGGAAACACAUAAGACCAGAAACGUUCCUGUGCAGCGUGAUCCACGUUAACAACGAGAUAGGAGUGAUACAGAACAUAGAAGCUAUCGGAAAAAUAUGCAGAGAACACAAAGUGAUCUUUCACACAGACGCAGCACAGAGCUUCGGAAAAAUGCCAAUAGACCUGAAGGAGCUGCAAGUGGACCUGCUGUCAAUAUCAGGGCAUAAAAUAUACGGACCAAAGGGAGUAGGAGCACUCUUCGUUAGAACGAAGCCAAGAAUAAGGUUGCAGCCAGUGAUAGACGGAGGAGGACAAGAAAGAGGACUGAGGUCAGGAACACUGCCAACAGCACUGGUGGUAGGGCUGGGAGCAGCAGCUAAAGUGGCGUCUAGAGAGAUGGAAAGAGACAGCGUGCACGUGGAGAAGAUAUUCAAGAAGCUGUACGAGGGCCUGAGCCAAAUAGAUAAGGUCUCAGUGAACGGCUCAGUGAGGCCAGGAGAGAGGUACUACGGGAACCUAAACAUGUCGUUCGAGUUCAUAGAAGGAGAGUCGCUGCUGAUGUCACUCUCAAAGUUCGCACUGAGCUCAGUAGGCUCAGCGUGCACAUCGUCGAGUUUGGAGCCGAGUUAUGUCUUAAGAAGUUUAGACAUAGGCGAGGAGCUGGCGCACACGUCAAUAAGGUUCGGAAUAGGAAGGUUCACGACGGAAUCCGAAGCAGAUGAAGUGGUGGAGGCAGUCAAGGAAGUGGUGAAGAGACUCAGAGACCUGAGUCCACUGUACGAAAUGUACCUGGAAAACCAGGACAAAAACACAAUGGUAAAAAUGAAUCCAAAAGGAAAGUGGAUAUUUAAGUGCCUAGGCUGCAAAAACAAAGAUGAGGACGAUACGGAGUAUGUAGACCUCAGUAAAAUAAGAGACGUGGAUGAAAUAAUACACAUCAACGAUCUAGUAGUAUCGAAGCCAGAUCUCUACGUAGAGAGGCCAAACAUAGUGUACAUAGAAAAAAAACAGCUGAGCGAGGAUGGAAGGAGCUUUGCGGAAAUAAAGCCAACAAUAGCAAUACCAAUCGAAAAUAAAUGGCCGCAAAAAAGAACAGUAGUUCCACUGUCAAACGUGCCAGGACUGCUGAACAGAGAGUACAAAAACCAGCACAUGACGAUAUCAGAGUCAAUAGCAAUCGCGGAGAACAUCUACCAGAACGAAAGGAGACAAAUGAUGAAUUUAGGAAAAGAUGAUGAAAGAGUAAAAACGUUUCAGUAUUUGGACGGAGAUAGGCUGAAUUUGAAUGAAUACAAAAGCGGAAGCUGGAAUAAAAACAAGGUGGAAGAGUACACAUUCUCAGACGACGAAUCGACAAGGGGAACAAUAAGUAGGUCAAGAAACAAAAUAAAUGAAUAUCAGGAAGAUCAAUUGACCCAUAUCUGUUAUAUGAGUGACUACAGUGAAGAUGAGGAAUCGCUAACAGAAAAAAUAUGGAACAUGUUCAAAUCAAACUUGAUGGAUUCUAGAGACUCAAGCGAAAAUUCUGACAUAAAAAACGAAGCGGAACCAACAAAUGAUGAGGUAAAAGAGGAAGUGAAGCAGAGUCCAGAGUUGGAAGAGGAAGUAGCAAAGUCACAACAAAUAUGGUAUGAAAUCAAAAAAAAACUGACACAAUGCUCACAAAUCUUGGCCAAAGGAGAGAAUGUGUCGUACUGUUCAGUGGGAGGGUUGGAUUCAGGACUACCACUGGUGCCAGACGAACAAGGGCAGUUACCACAGAAUGAUUCAGCGCCGAACGACCUGGUCACGCCGAAGUUCGGACAGGAGUUCUACCCAGAGUCAAUAAUACCAGGCUUCUACACAUGGUUCCAAGGAGACGGCUCAGUGGUGAGAUACGUAAUGGAUUUUGUAAUGUACACGUACAGAGGAGAUAGAUUCGUGCCGCUGGAACACCUGGGAAGAUAUGAGACGAAAAUAGUAAUGUACUGUAAAGUUAAGCACAUAGGACUGGUGCAUACAGCAGAGGACCUGCUGGAAACUAAUCACCCGUGGACAAAGUCGUUUAAGAACAGAAAAAAGGUAGAACUUAGCGAAGGACUGCUGAAAGUGCCAAGAAAACAAAGGUAUUUCUCGUCGAAGGUGGUGCUUGUGGACUGGUACUUCGACGUAGGAACGUCGGAAGAAGCGACGCCGCACAUAUGGGUGGUCUCGGACAACGACGUGCACUAUAAGCUGGACAGACCAACAGGAGGCUACUACAACUCGUUCGCACCAGCGAAGCUGCUCUUCGACCUGUCGACGAGAGUAGUGAAGGAAAUGCAGUCAGGAAAGGACAAGUCGUUCGGAGAAGUGCUGCUCUCAAUGACGUCGCCGCCGACAUAUAAAAGCCUACCGUCAGCAGUGUUUAAGACGGAGUCGCCAGCACAAAAGGUGGACAGAGGAGAAGAAGGCUCAGAUGACGGAAAACCGCAGAGAAUAAGAAUAGAGGACACGGAGGAGUUGACAGUUUGGGGAGCGCCAGUGAGUAUCCACGGCUCCUCAAUGGUGGACGUGUACAGGAACCUGGACUUCAUCUUCAACGAGGUCCGCUACUACUACACCUUCUUCGGAGGCACGGAAAUGGAAACAUACCUGUCGGAAAUGGUGCAGAAACUGAAGGAGCAGAGCCCGUUCCACUACUUCGACGCUAACUUCAUGAAGUUGGAGUACAUGGCGAAAAAUGCGCUGGCAAACAGAUACAAGGAUAGACUGUUCGUGCAAAAGCUGGACUACCCGAACACAGGAAGCAUCAUUAAGCCGCUGAAGCUGGCGAGGCUGACGAAGAGAGGGCCGAAGCAAAAGAGGUUCAACCUGGAGGAGUACAACAACCAGUACAACAUGAACGACGUGAAGAGCAGAAGCGGAAGAGUGAUAAGAAACAAAGCAGUCUCGGAAAUAGAGCCUGCAGUGAGGAAACACAUGGUGCAGACGGAGUCGCAGAAGAAGGAGGAGUACAGAAAGGCAGUGGAGCUCGAGGCGAAGUGCGACGGCCUGCUGCUGCCAUUCGACUUUGAGUGGUCGAACUACAACACGUGCUCGGAGGUCUCGGACGACGCCACGGUCCCCGCGAUCUGCAACGACGUGGACGUCGCGCUCGACAACGCGAGGUACUACCCGAGGGACAUUCCGCUGCGCACGCUCAAGUUCUACGGAAACGACGAGAUUGUGGACCUGCUGGACCUGACGAGGCAGUUCUCAGUGCCCAGCCUCUCCUCGUCGCCGCUGCUCCCGAAGAUGAGCUUCGUGCAGCUGGAGGCGAACCUGAUCUUCAACAGCAGCCUCUACGAGUACAGGCCCUCCGAGCUCUCCUCCUUCGAGAUCACGACGCCCCAGUGCCUCUGCAACAACAAGAGGUUCAACAGCAUCUACGACGACAUCAACAGCGAGGCGAGCGCACUCUCAGCGCGCGACAAGCUGAAGGACCUGAUGCCGGACGACGAGGAGUUCGAGGACGGCAUGCAGUGGAUCUACUACCUGAACAAGAACAUAAUAGAUGAAGGGGAUGUGGAGUAUCCGGAGGAUUUGGACGAGGGAAGCAUAGGAAGACUGUACGUGGGCCUGAUGGAGGAGCUUAGAAGAGCAGUGGAAAACUCAGGAUUCGAAAGGUUCGUCCAAAACCUGAGAGAAAGCGGAGAGCUCAGCGACAAGAAAAAGGAAGUGCAGGAGAGAGAACUGGGAGUAGCAAUAUCAGACGCAGAAAUAGCACUCGACUUCAUCAACACCAACGGAGGAUGCCUGUACAAGGGAAGGUUCAAGAGAAUAGGCCAGGACCCAGAGUCGACGUUGCCGUACGUAAACACCUCGAGGUGGAACAAGAGGUUUAAGAAGUUCCAGAGAGUAGUCACGGUCUCAGGAAACUACAGAUACAGCACUAUUUCACAUAGCCACGAUCCAGAUGGAUUCACAGUAUUCGACAGUAACAGGCCGAAAAUUUGCCCACUGGACCUGGUGUACGGAUUAGACGGAUUGUUUAAGGCGUCGAAAGAAGAAGGAGAUAAGUUGCCAACAUUUAGAAAAACAGUAAACGUGUGGAAAAAGGAGUUGCCACAACAGAGAAAGUCGAAAAAUCAAAUUAAAGAAGCAGUGAAUAAGCACGUAAGGUAUUACAACAAGUUCGUGCAGAGUUACGCUGGAGCGAAGCUGAAGCCAAAUAAAAAGAUGGAAGCAAGCGCCGUGGACAAGGAAUACUUCAUGGACUACAUGGUGGACGGAAUAGAGGACAUGACGCAGGGGCCAGUGCUGGGCUUCGGAUACAAAGAAUUGGAAACAAUCUGCAAAAAUGAAUACAUCAUGGCAGAGGAAAUGCUGACAGAGUACACAUGGCACACGCUGCUGAAGGUGUACCUGUUCUACGCACUGUAUAGCACAAGGACGUCGUACAAGUUUAAGUUUAACUCGGUAGUAUGGGGAGACGCUUCGCUGUAUAACAGCUUCGCACAAGGAUACGGACAAGACGAACAGAAAAAUGACCGUCAAAAGUCGGAGUAUAACUACGACGAGGAAAUGAUAGACACGGAAAAGUUAAAGUUGCUAGAAGACAUAGGCUACGAAGACUUUGAGCCGAGUAACAGCGGAGUGGAAGAAGACCAGAGUAAAGAAGACGAGGAGGAGGAGGAAGAAGAAGUGGAAGGAUACGAAGCAGACGAAGGAGGAGAGGACAAGGACAGAGUGGGAAGAAGAGGCUGGGGAAUGAACAGGUACUGCCCAUACUACGACUUUGAACUGGAGUGGCACCCGGACGCGGAAAAGCUGGAGAGGCUGAGCAAGGGAAGAAUCAGCGGAGAGUUCGUGAAGGAGGCCUUCCUGAAGCUGAGGAAAAAAAACUUCUUCCAGCUGGAGCUGCACGAACGCCUGAGUCUGCUGCUGUGGCUGGGAGACAUCCUGGGCUACUCAGUGGCAGGAAAGAGCUUCAUCGACGACAGAAACGACGAGUUCUACUACCUGAGGACGCAGCUCAUGAGGUCGGAGGACGACAAGAAGGGGCCGAAGAGACUGAAGGGCUCAAGCAGAGACCUGAUGGAGCUGGAAGAAAGGUACCUGCAAAAGCCAGUGCUGCUGGGCUACGACCGCUUCUACAACGCGUACUACUACUUCGGCCUCGAGUACGAAAGAAGAAUAUACGUGCAGACGAUGCCGCAGAUGCGCUUCGUGCAAAACAGGAUCGUUAGUAGAAGUAAGUACCUGAGAGCGCCGAAGUACAAGGCGGACAUGUUCAACCUGGACCUGUCGGACUUCGCACAGAAGUUCGCGCAGGACAGAAUAUUCACACAGACCAAGGGAAAGAGAGGAAGGAAGAAGGAAGUGCACGACGAAGGAGCGACAUCAGAGACGACGUCGAAGAGGAAGAAGAGAGGGCAGGGAGCAGUGGCGGAACCAUUGAACGAGACAGCAGACGCACCGGCGGCGGCAACGAAGAGUGAGUUGAAGAGCCCGACGAGCGAAGGAAUUAACGACUCGAACACAGGAAUGUCGACGCCGAACGAGAGCGGGUUGCACUCAGUGUCAGCGACACCAUUUAACACGAACACGUCUUCGCCGACGCCCGUGUCAAAUAAAUUGGGACCAGGAUCGCCGGAGAAAGUUGGAGAUCAGCAUGGUGAAGUGAAGAGGAGCGGAAAUCAGAGUCAAGGCGCUAACGAAGUGAAGAAGGAGGAGACUAUUAAGCAAGGAGGCUACAAGGAAAACCUGGACGCGUUCCUGACGAGCACGACGAACGCGAACGACGCAGCGUCGAAGGACGACGAGUCGGUGAAAAAAAGAAGGAUUAAAAACAGGUCAAGAAACAGACCUAAGGUGAGAAGAAGCAGGCAAGUCUUCGACAGACACCCGACAAACUUCAGAACGGUGGAAGAGUACCUUAACUACCUGACAGUGGGACCAGCAAGACUGAGCUGGUGCGUAAUAGACACGCACAAGUCACUGAAGAGGUUCAUCACACGCCUCUCGCAGUUCACAACGAACGAAAAGCACCUGGCACUUAAGCUGGCGCAGGUGGAGCCGGACUUCACACUCCCGACGUUCGAAAUCGUGACGUACAAGUGCCCGACGGUGGUGGGAGAGAUGCUGCUCUCGCUGCUGAGAGGGCUAUACAGGUACUACAAAAACGUCUUCACGAAGAUGGUGCUCUCGACAGUGGUGCUUAACAAGGUGAGAACGGACAGGUACGCGACUACCAGUCAUACGUUGAAGACGCACCACCCGGACCUGACGAAGAGAGACGCGACUAGGAUCAACCAGGCCUCAGUGACAGUUAACGCACACCUGGGAGGAUCGGCAGCGCACCAAGUGUUCAGCAAGACAGUCUCGGGCUCGUUGGCGAGCUCGCCAGAAGAGUCGGACUCGAAGAGGAGACUCCAGACGUCAACGCAGAGUCUGAACGAAGGGAACUCGCCAAACACGUACGCAAACACGCCAAACACGUACUCAAACUCGGAUUCAAACUCGAGCGGGAUACCGUCAGGAUCAGACUCGGACGUAAACGGGAACUUUAACGGAAACGUUAACGGAAACGGAAACGGGUCUAAUGGUAGCAGCGUAAAACUUGGGUUUGGAAUACAUAAGGACGGUGCAGCAGAAAGCGGGCGAAUGAGUGAGACGGCAGGGAGUGCGAGAACCUACGGGUACUUACUGGACCCAACGGCCUCGUCGCCGAAUAAGACAAUAGCAGAAAAGCUGUCAAAGAGCUACAACAGCGGCCUGUUCCUAAACCUGUACGUGAGUGACCUGCUGAAGACGUGCCUGACGCUGUGCGUCUCGGACAUCGAGGGAAACAAGAAGUGCCUGAAGACGAUGCUGGAGCUCAUGUACUUCUUCGAGUUCGUGGCGCACAGAUACUACAACGACGGAGGAUGGAGUCAGAUGAGAAACGAGUGGAGAUUAAACCUGGACGCAAUAUACACACUGCUGCAAGUAGACAUGACCGCAAAGAAGGCGAACCAGAAAAAUCAACUGAAAGCAGUGGGAGAACACAACGCAAACUGCUACGUGUACAACAACAAUAGCGGCUCGAGCAGCAUAGUGACGGCAGUGAUAAACACGCCACAAGGAAACAUGGACCUGAUACCACAAGUGGAAAAGUCAGGGCUGUGGUUCAGGUUCUUCGAAGUAUACUGCCACGACAAGAGCGUCAACUUCGACAUGAACACGUCAGUGAACUACGCCAAGUUCAUGGAAGGGCACAACGCGCAGACGGCACUGAGGAAAAACGGCCAAACGCCGACCGGAGUGGACGGGAAUGCGAAGGAGGUGGAAGGCUCGAGUCCGGAAAAGUUGGACCUGGACGAGCUGGCCCCAUACAGCACGGACCUGUUCGAGUUCCUGAGCGAAAACAAGGUUAACGACAGCCUGGUCUUCUUCUCAGGAGGGCUCCUGGAGCUCAUCACGUCAGUUAACGACAUGCUGCAGCACCUGAAGGAGCUGCUGGGCAUCAAGGUCCAGGUGGAGACGAGUAAGCCGAAGGGCACGAAGGCGAAGACGAAGAGGAGGAAGAAGAAGAAGGACAAGGACGAGGAGUCAGACUCAGCACUGACGGACGUGGAAAGCAACAUAGACAUCAGCGACAUGUACCAGGACCUGCAGCCGGAGCCCGCCGAGAGUAAGGAGGAGCUGGGGGCGGACGCGAUGGAGGACCAGUCGCCAAUAGUGACGCCAAUGAACGAGCAGAAGGACCAGACGCCGGAAAAAACGGACUCAGGCUACAAGUCAGACACGCCAGAGAAGACGGAAUCAGGCUACAAGUCGGACACGCCGGAAAAGCAGCACUCGCAAGGAAAAACGGACUCGGUAGAAAAGCAAGAUCUGAGGGACUCGGAGGGAGAGAUGAGCGUGAAGCGAGAGGAGGCAGUGGAGAGCGACCAGCCGUCUAACGGAAACAGCACGUACGACCAGUCGCCACUGGCGCACGACUCGCAGUACGAAAACGGAGGACAGGACACGCAGACGAGUCAGCCGGACGAAAGUAAACCCGCAUCGUCGGAAAAGAGAGAAAGAGACGACAAGGGAGACAAGGGAAAGAAGACGAAGAAGGCGAAGAUGACGAAAGGAGCAGCAGCGGAGGAGUCGCAGCAGCAGGAAGAAGAAGAGUCGUCAAACGAAAUAGAGGGAGGCCAGAAGGAAGGAGAACAGAGCAAGGAAACAAACAACGAGGAGCUACUGGAGCCGAUAAAGAAGCUGCUGGCGAAGCUGGAGCUCGCGUACCAGCUCGCGCCGAAGGAAACGUGCGAAAUCAAGGUGCUGACAAUGACCAGUAACCUGCUGAAAGUGGACCUGCCGCCGAAAACGGCAGAAAACACGCCCGAAAAUCAAACCGACGACGAGGACGGCAAGUCCGUGGACCACGCGGAGGAGAGCAGGGGGCCCUCGAUAGAGAUACUCUGCCUUAACCUGACGGUGAGCAGCAUGGGCUACGAGGCCGACAGCGAGGGCGAGGACGAGGACCUGAGCGAGAGCCUGGGGCUCGUGAAAAACCUGCGCAGGGUCUGCAGGACGCUCUCGCGCGUCGAGAAGACGCGGGCCACGAGGAGGGCGACGGAGGAGCCGGGGUUGACGCCGCGCGCCCCCGACGGGAGUCCGCCGCGAGUGUUCACGCUGACGGUGCCGGUGGCGCUGCGCGCGCCCGGGUGCGCCCAGUUUCCGCAGUACGUCCAGCCGUACGAAAAGGUCUUCAGCGGCCUCACGUACCUGUGGAGAACACCACUCAAGUGCAAAAACGCAAAGACGAACCAGACGGGAGUUAUCAAAAAGACCAACUACACGAGCCUCGACAUCUGGAAGUGCGUCUCAGUGGAGUGGAACGACAACAAGAAGGAGCAGGUGGCACACAACCCCUGGGAACUGACGAUAUAA